CUUCUAAAUGACGCUUGAGAUUCCAAAGGGUCUUUACUCUUUCGCAGGGUUGAGUUUCUGGACACCGAAAGCCUCUUUCAUUAUCAAUUUGAGUUCUUUUACUUUAGAAUGGAGGUUAUUGUAUCCACUGUUGCUGAUGCUGUGCUCUCUGCUUUCUUCCGCUCCGUAUUUGAAACGCUGUCGUCCCCUGACUUUCUUAAAUUCACACGGGAUGAACAAGUUGUAGCCGAAAUGAAAAAAUGGGAGAAAUUGUUGCUUAAAAUAAAUGCCUUGCUUGAGGAUGCUGAAGAAAAGCAAACCACAAGUCGUGCUGUGAAACUCUGGCUCAGGGAUUUACAAGACGUUGCUUUUGAUGCUGAAGAUGUUGUUGACGAACUUGCUACUGAAGCUUUGCGGCGCAAACUAAUGGAGCAGACUCAGCCUUCAGUAAGCAGCAAUAAGGUAUGGAAGUUCAUCCUUCCGUCUUGUUUCUGUGGUAUCAAUUCGAAUUCAAUUAAGUUCGAUUCUAAGAUAAAGUCCAAAAUAGAAGAAAUUACUGCAAGAUUGGCUGACUUAGCUGCACAAAAGAGUUAUUUGAAUUUAGUAGAGAUUCAUAGAGGGAGAUCUGAGAAAGUGCUUGAGAGGCUGCCCACCAGUUCACUUGUUGAUAAGUCUCAUGUUUAUGGCAGGGAAAGGGAUAAAGAUGCUAUUAUUAACUUGUUGAUGGAUGGUGGUGAAAUGGAUGUGGUUCCAAUUGUAGGUAUGGGAGGUGUAGGUAAAACUACUCUUGCUCAGUUAGUAUAUGAUGAUGAGAGAAUUGAGACUUCAUUUGAAUUGAGAGCUUGGAUUUGUGUCUCCGAGGAAUUUGAUGUUCUUAGGGUGACAAAGACACUGCUUCAUGCUGUUGCUUCUGAUAUUGGCAAGUUGGAGGAUUUAAAUUUACUUCAAAUGCGGCUAAAGGAGAAGUUGUUGGGGAGAAAAUUUUUGAUCGUUUUAGAUGACAUGUGGAAUGAGAACUAUGAGCAGUGGGAUGUUCUAUGCAAACCCUUUGCAGCAGGCGCAGCUGGAAGUAAAAUACUGAUUACAACACGGAAUGAAAGAGUUGCAGCAGUCGUGGCUAACCAUGUGGGAUACCAUUUGAAGGAAUUGUCAAAUGAUGAUUGUCUUUCAUUAUUCACUUGGCAUGCUCUUCGAGCUAACAAUUUUGAUGGAUACCCAAAUUUAAAAGUGGUUGGUGAGCAAAUAGUGAAAAGGUGCAAAGGGUUGCCACUCGCAGUUAAGACCUUGGGAGGACUCCUUCGCACAAAAGUAAAUCGGGAUGAAUGGGAGGAAAUCUUGAUGAGCAAGAUAUGGGAUUUACCUGAAGAAAGAAGUGGCAUAAUUCCAGCUCUGAGGUUGAGCUACCAUCUUCUUCCUUCCUAUUUGAAACGAUGCUUUGCUUAUUGUGCCAUAUUUCCAAAGGACUACGAAUUUGACAAGGAUUUGUUGGUUCUACUGUGGAUGGCAGAGGGUUUCUUACAACAGCCAAAAGGUAAGAGGCAAAUGGAGGACAUAGGUUUGGAUUAUUUUAAUGAGUUAUUCUCACGAUCAUUUUUCCAGCAGUCAAACAGCAACAAAACUCGAUUUGUUAUGCACGACCUCAUAAAUGAUUUAGCUCAAUCUGUUUCUGAAGAAAUAUGCUUUAGUUUUGAAGAUAGGGAUAUGCUCAAGGGUGAUAAGUUGUGCACUGUUGUUGAAAAGAUUCGUCAUUUAUCUUUCCUUCGUAAACAAUACGAUGUUGGAAAAAGAUUUGAAAUACUCUGUCAGAUGAAGAAUUUAAGAACUUUGAUUGCAUUGCCAACUUGUAUGCCACCUUGGGCAGCAUGUUGCUAUUUAAGUGGUGAUGUAUUACAGAAUAAGCUGCCAAGGUUGAGAUGCUUAAGAGUGCUAUGUUUGAUUGGUUAUUGCAUCAGUGAGUUACCAAAUUCCAUCGGUCAGUUGAAGCAUUUACGCUACCUGAAUUUGUCUCGCUGUAGAAUUAAACAGUUACCUCAAUCUGUGGGUUUUCUUUUCAACUUGCAAACGUUGAUAUUGCAAAGUUGCAAGGAACUUACUAAGUUGCCAGAAGUUAUCAAAAAUCUAGAGAACCUUCGUGUUCUCGAUCUUACUGAUACUGGUAAUUUACAGGAGAUGCCAUUUCAGAUUGGUAAUUUGAAAAAUCUUCAGACUUUGACCAAAUUCAUUGUGGGCGAGGGCAUUGGGUCUGCUGUUAGUGAAUUAAGGGGCUUGUUGCAUCUGCGGGGGGAGCUUUCCAUUUUGGGAUUGGAAAAUGUUUCAGAUAUUCAAGAUGCUAGCAAUGCUAAUCUCAAGGACAAGCAUGGCUUAACUGCAUUGGAUUUGCAAUGGAGCCCUGAUCGCCAAAAUGAGGAAGCUGAAAUGCAUGUUCUUGACAUGCUGCUACCUCAUAAAAAUCUGGAGAAGCUCAGUAUUCUGUUCUAUGGCGGUAAAAAAUUUCCAUCUUGGUUGGGUGAUCCUUCAUUGACUAACAUAAUGUGCUUAGAACUUUGUAAAUGUAGAAAGAGCAUAAGUCUUCCAUCACUUGGGAGACUACCCUCACUAAAAAUGUUGACCAUAAUAGGCAUGGAUAGUGUCCAAAAGGUGGAUGUUGAGUUUUAUGGACAUGGUUUUCCUUCUGUUAAGCCUUUUCCUUCAUUGGAAAUUCUAAGGUUUAAGGAUAUGUUGGAAUGGACAUGCUGGUCUUCCCCUAGUCAAGCUAAUGAAGACUCGGUGGAAGAAUUUCCUUGUCUCCAUGAACUUGUGGUAGAGGAUUGUCCCAAGUUGAGUGGAAAGUUGCCUAGCCGUCUUCCUUCUCUUUUGAAACUUGUAAUUAAGCAUUGCCCAAAGUUAGAAGGUUCAUCUAUGAAUUUCUCAUCUCUUGAUGAAUUAAAUAUAGAAUAUUGCAAUGUAGAGUUGCUGGGAAGCAUUCUUGGCCUAACUCCUUUAACAUCAGUCACACCCAGGAGUAUGCUAAAGCUUCAGUGCCUCCAAAAUGGGGUUGUACAGUUUCCAGGGGCACUUAGAGUUCUUGUCAUUUCCAACUGCAAUGGAUUGACAUCAUUAUGGCAGAAGGGUGCUAUUCUAUUGAAUAUUGCUUCUCUUGAGUGUCUGAAAAUAAGGGGCUGUUCGCAGUUUGGGUCAUUGGCUGAAAAUGAGCAAGGUUUAUCUAGAAGUCUUGAAGAUUUGGGAUCAUGGAAGCCUCCUUGGGGGAUGCAUGCCUUCACAUCUCUCGUGGAUUUGCAAAUUGAAUCGUGUCCAAAUCUUGUAUUCUUUCCCAAGACAAGUUUUGUACCUAUGCUGAAAAAUCUUAAGCUCAAAGAUUGCAGGGCUCUAAAGUCUCUGCCUAGUGUGAUGAUGAUGCUUAAUUGUCCUCUCGAAGAAUUGGAGAUUGAAGAUUGCCCUGCUCUCACAAGCUUUCCAAGUGGCAGGAUAACUACCACACUUAGACGGUUGAGAAUUGGGUACUGUGAAGGUCUAACGUCUCUACCCGAGGGACUGAUGCAGAUUGAUAAAAGCACAAGCAGCAUAUCUCAUCUUGAGAACUUGGAGAUCAUUGGUUGCCCUUCUCUCAUUUCAUUUCCAGAAGGCAAAUUACCCACCAGCCUUAAAAUACUUAAGAUUUGGAAUUGCUCCCAAUUGGAACCCCUUUCUGAUAAGAUGCUGCACAAAAAUGCAUCACUUGAGUUCAUUUCUAUCUCGAAAUGUAAGACUAUGACAAGCUUGCCCGAGUGCUUACAAAGUCUCACUCAUCUGACAGAAUUAAACUUAAGUGAGUGUCCUGCUCUGAAAUACUUCCCAGAAACGGGCAUGCAUCUUCCCAACCUGAGAAAAUUUGAUAUCUCCGAUUGCAUCAGUGUCAGGUCUCUACCUGAACAAAUGCUGAGUCUCACUUCUCUUCAGUUUCUAACAAUUUGUGACUGUCCUGGUCUUGUCUCUUUUCCUGAAGGUGGCUUGCCCCCUAACCUAGUGGUACUUGUGAUCUGGGACUGUAAGAAUCUUAAGCAGCCCAUGUCAGAAUGGAACCUUCUCACCCUAUCCUCUCUCAGGGAAUUGACCAUUGUUGGUGCACCAGGUAUAGUUUCCUUUCCAGAUGAAAAGUGUCCACUUCCCACAACUCUAGUGUCUAUAUAUAUUGCUAGACUUCCAAAUUUGCGAUCUCUGUCCAUGGGCCUCUAUAAUCUGACAUUGCUUGAAGAGCUAGAAAUUUCUGAGUGUUCUAAGCUUCAGUGCUUACCAAUGGAAGGCUUACCUGCAAAACUUGGAAGACUUUGUAUCAGGGACUGUCAGCUUCUAAAACAACAGUGCUUGAAGGGUAAAGGGGCAUAUUGGCCUGUCAUGGCCCACAUCCCUUAUCUGGAAAUAGAAAUCACGGAUGAUUAAUGGUUUGACUUUGGCAGGCUAGUUUGUAUUUUUCUCUGAGAGAAGUGCAACUGCGGUAUGUUAAAUUCAUGAUAGAAAGCCCUUCUUGGCAGCAUAAUACGUAUUUCUUUCACUUAUGACGGACUUUCUCACUUUGCAUGUAGGAUCGUAGAGUAAAUGUGUCAUAUCCCGAGAUCGAAAUAUAA